AUGCUCACCUGUGCCAAGGCCCGCUUGACCUCCGAACGGAGACGAGCAUGUGUCUGCAUCAACACCUCACUUGAAUGGGCCUCAGUCCAGGUCUCCUGUGGGCUCAGAGUUGUCAGGCGGUUGGGCAGACGAUCGGAUCACAUUGGCGCGAAGGGAGGAGAAUGUAGGAAAGGAGUGUGUAAGUUUAGGCUUCCCUCCGACUUCCUCAAACAUCCAAAUGUGGACAAUUUGGCCGAUCAGGCUCAAGUGGUCGGGCGAGCAAACUGCAAUCUACGUCUGGCCUCAAGCCGGACUUGGAGUCGAUUUGAGCAAGUACAGAAAGACAGUCGUCAAGUCCACUAA